AGGAAAAGCUGCUGCAGCUGACAGAAAAGAGAAAAGAAAUGAUUGACAAAUGGGAAGACAGAUGGGAGUGGCUGAGACUGAUUUUGGAGGUACACCAGUUUUCAAGAGAUGCCAGUGUGGCUGAGGCUUGGCUGCUGGGACAGGAGCCCUACCUAUCCAGUCGUGAAAUAGGGCAAAGUGUCGAUGAAGUGGAAAAAUUAAUUAAGCGGCAUGAAGCAUUUGAAAAAUCUGCAGCUACCUGGGAUGAGAGAUUUGCAGCACUGGAAAGACUGACCACGUUGGAACUGCUGGAAGUACGUCGACAACAAGAGGAAGAAGAGAGGAAGAGACAGCCGCCCACUCCAGAGCCAAGCCCGAGGGCUGCAGAGGAUGCAGACUCCCAGCAGCAAUGGGAUGGGACAAAAGGAGAACAAGUUUCCCAAAAUGGUUUGCCAUCAGACCAGGAAUCUCCACGGGUGGCAGAAACUGCAGAAACAAAUGAAAUGGUCAAUGGAGCUGCAGAACAGAGGACAAGUUCGAAAGAGUCUAGUCCUGUUCCUUCUCCAACGGCAGACCGCAAAGCCAAGACAGCCAUUCAGGCACAGACUGCUGCUACCCUACCAGCCAAAACACAGGAGAUUCCUUCAGCUCAGAUGGAGGGCUUCUUACAUCGCAAACACGAAUGGGAGACACACAGCAAGAAAGCCUCGAGCAGAUCAUGGCAUAAUGUGUACUGUGUCAUAAACAACCAAGAGAUGGGCUUCUACAAGGAUUCAAAAGCCGCUGCUUCUGGGAUCCCCUACCACAAUGAGAUUCCUGUCAGCUUGAAAGAAGCAGUCUGUGAAAUAGCGGUUGAUUAUAAAAAGAAAAAGCAUGUGUUCAAGCUAAGGUUGACUGAUGGCAACGAAUACCUCUUCCAAGCCAAAGAUGAUGAGGAGAUGAACACGUGGAUUCAGGCCAUCACAUCAGCUAUCUCUUCUGAUAAAAUCGAAGUAUCCCCGACCACCCAGAGCACUCCAGCCUCCAGCCGUGCCCAGACCCUGCCUGCCAGUGUCACAAUAACCAGCGAGUCCAGCCCUGGCAAGCGGGAGAAAGACAAAGAGAAAGACAAAGAGAAAAGAUUCAGCCUUUUUGGUAAAAAGAAGUGAACUCCAUCUCCACACACUGCACUUCUCUGACCGUUCCAGUGGAAUUCCAGCAUGCGAGCUCAGAACCAAUACGUUACUCUCUGUGCCUCAUGUUCCUCAAUGUGAUUGACAUUUUUUUUAUUUAUAGAGCAUUUUAAACUAAAAAGCCAACAAAAAAGAAUCUAAAGUUACAAAUGUAUGAGGUGCAUUGGGCAGCUUCUGUAGGAGAGGGAGGACCAGGUUUUGGGGGUUUGUUUUGUUUUGUUUUUGUUUUUAAAAAAUGAAGUUAAUGUAGAUUAGAUCUUAAUAUUUAAACUGUUCCUCAAUUUUGUGAGGCUGUCUUGGAAAAUAACCCACUCCUAGUGCUAUUGGUAUGCAAGGCAGCGGUGCUUUCGAAUCUACUGUGCACAUCAAAAACCAAUGUACAAAUUUUCAAAAACGUUCACUUCCAUUUAAGGUUGUUAUGCUGAGUCUUGACUAGUAGAGCCUCCCAUUACAGUUCUAACAUUUAUUAAAACGAUAGUGUAUGAUCUUUGCCGUAACAGAGUGCAGGUAUGCAUUAACUUACAGACGAACCAUUUAUAUCCUGGCAUUGGUUAUUAACACAACCUGAAGCUUUUCUGCAUCGAGUACGACAGAUAAGAAUGUUGGUGUAAAAGGUGGAUUAGCAGGCUGAUACAGUUUUAAAUAAUCUGUAAUUUCAAAUUCUUUUUCUUGCUGAAAUACAUUAUAUUGUAUGUUUCAGAUAAUUCUAGUAUAAAGUAUAAUAAGACUAGAUGUAUAAUAAACCCUUUAAAAUCAUUGAUAAGUGUAAAAGUGGAACUGAAGCAUUUACUGGAAAAGUAAUGUUACUCAAAUGGUUACUUGCUUGUCAGCUGCAGCACUGUGUGUUAUAAUUUUGCUACAUUACCUUGCUCUUUGAUACAUAGUGUGCAUUUCUCUGUCACUGUAACUAUUGUAAUGAAAACUUUUCAUCUUACUGCACAAUCAAAAAUUACAUUUAAUAGGAAUGAACUUUCAAUGACUGGGCCUGUAGUCAAGAGUAGUACUGGAACUGGCUUUCAGUUGUAUUGAACUGUACCUCUAGACUUUUACCCUAUCUGUUAAAUAUAUGCUAUGUCAUUAAAUGCUUUUAAAACUAAAUAUGCUGGUUAAGUUUCUUAUUUCAUUUCUGACAAUGUUAAAGCAUAAUUUUGAAAGAGGAUCAAAAAUAAAGUUAUUUUAAAAUGUCA